AUGGCCUCCAUUGCAAGGACCAGCUGCACCUCCGCCCCAAACCAGAAGCACAGAGGCAGUAACCAACGCUGCAGGCGGAGCUGCUGCACUGUGGACACAGAUUCCCAAUCUCUGUCUACACUGGGAUACUUUAAAACACUGCCAUUAGAGAUCUUCCAAAUGCUGCUGAGCUAUCUCUCAGUGAAGGACAUCAGUGUGCUGAGCAUGGUGUCAAAAGCCAUCAGCAACCGCCUCGUUAAUUACAUCUCAACCCCAUCAGGAAACCGAAGGCUGUUACUGCAAGACUUCCAUGACAUCAAGCUGCCUGGCAAGAGGGAUGGAUCCUGCAUAAUAGAGCACUACAAAUCUCUAGGGCUGUUGCUUAAGAGAUGCACCCUUCUGUUGCCUACCAAAGACAGGCUGAAGUACGUGCACAAGGUUCUCUCUGAAGUUUCCUGCUUUAAACUCAGCGGCUGUCCGAGUCCCCUGCACUGUGUAGGAUUACAAUGCUAUGGGGUAUUUUUGCAGAUCCUAAUAGCAGGCUGGGAUGAGUUGGAGUGUCACCGGGUCUUCAACUUCCUCUGUGAGCUCAGCAAUUUGCCCCGUAAAGUGCAGGCAGUCGUCAGCUGCAGGCCAGGAAGCGCCAGGAAGCUGGAGCUGAGGAUCAGGCUGUUCUGCAGGAGCGUCCUGCUGACCCACUGGGCUCAUCGUGGGGAUUCUGCCUUCUGGUUGACUCGCAUUUUAAAGCCGUGGCCAAUGGUCAACCAAGCUCGCCUGCUGUACAUCAUCUUUGGGCCAGUGUCCCCCCUUGAUGGACACGUGGUUUGGCAGAAGAUGAUAGAAGGACCAACAGAUGAGACCAGUCUGAAAGGUUUAGCAGAUGCCAUUAAGCUCCUGUACGAUGCAGAAGCAAGAGAGUGGACAGCAGACGAUGUUAUCAGCCUUGUGGAUGAGCUGUCAGUGGUUCCCCGCGAGUGGCUGCUGGAGAACAACGCUCGGCUCCUCAUCCUGAGUGGAAACAACAUUUGCUUCACUUUCAUGGCCAGCAAAGCAGUGAAUGGAAGAGCUGUGGAGUUGGCCAGACUCGUGGUCUUCCUGGCCUUGGUGUGUGAGAAGGACCUGUACUGCAUGGACUGGGCGGUAAAAAUGAUGCAGAAGGUCUGCAAAGUUUUCAGCACCCCGGGAGAGAGAAACAUCUUCCUGCAGAGCGUGGAGAACGCCUUUGCUCACAUGGUCAUGGACACGCUGCAGGCAGUGCUGGCCGGGAAUCGUGACCAAGAGGACGUCAGCUUUCUGAACCUGUUCCACCUCGUGAACGCACAAGCGAACUUCCACAAGGAAAUACUCUACCUGGCCAUGAGAAGCGGCAGCAGCGCCAUUUGAUGCUGUGCAGCAGCACCACUGGGUGCCGUGCAGCUCGCAGCCUCCCGCUCUGCUCCUCUGCAGCUCUGCCCCUCGCACUCAGCAGCACUGAGGAAGCGGGUCAGGGCCCUUUGCGUUGGGAACACAAACCACAUUCCUUUCCCACUGAGGAUGUUUGCACACGCCAUAAAAAGCGGCGCCGUUUUCACAUGUGAUGCACGCGCACGGAGCAAAGCGCGUUGUCUCAGGUCAGAACCAAAACCGUUUUGAUCUUUCUGUUGUGUUUUCUCUUGGGAAUCCGGCGAGAAAAAAUAAAAAAGACAGAAUUAGAGAAGCACAGCCACAUUUAUCCAGUCUGCCAUCAUCCCUCGUGGUACAACAGAAGGGCUGCACGUGCAGUUGUGGCAGAAAGAGGUGAUUCCCAAAAGAAGCCGAACUGCUUUGAUGACGUGAGGCCUUUUCCUUGUUCUCUUCCCCAAAACUGAGGGUGCCUUCAGGUUCUUCCCCUGCCUGCGUGGUCACAGAGCUGUUAAGG